AAAGGACAUGCUGUUAUUUACGAUAUGUUUGGAUAUGGGGCUUUUCAAGUGACCUUUGCGGCUUGCUUGUGUCUGGUUCCCUUUCUGUUCCUGUGGCCCCUAUUGGUGGCCCUCUGCGUUUGGUUGUUGUGGACUAUUGGUUGGAAAUAUUGGGAACAUACACAUCUAGGUGAAUGUGAAGGGCGGGGCGUCUUCAUUACUGGGUGCGAUUCAGGUCUUGGUUUCGCGAUAGCGGAACACCUAGACGCGCUCGGGUUUACCGUGUUUGCCGGAUGUUACCGUCCACAGGACGUGGGUGCCAGCACGCUCCAGAAGGAGUGCUCCAGCCGCCUUCAUGAGGUGCCAAUAGACGUCAGAGACAAGGAAUCUGUUGCCAACGCCUUCGCCUAUGUUAAAGACCAUCUUCCAAAACACGGCCUAUGGGGCGUGGUUAACAAUGCGGGUGUGAACCUGGCCACCUCAGAGGUGGAGCUUACCGGAGUCCGGAUGUACAACAGAGCCCAGGACGUAAACAUGUACGGCCCUAUCAGGGUCGUCAAGGCCUUUCUGCCCCUCAUCAGGGCCUCUGCAGGUCGCAUCAUCAAUGUCACAAGCGUGCACGGACGGAUGUCCAUCCCUCGUUGGAGCACGUACGACGUGACAAAGCACGGCCUGGAGACGCUGUCAGACUCCCUCCGCCUCGAGAUGGCUAAGUUUGGCGUACGGGUAUCCAUUGUGGAACCGGGUCAAUACGGAUUCGUCACUUCCAUACAGAACGAAGAAAUGACAAACCUGCAACUGGCCCAAAUCGACGAGAUGUGGAAAAAUGCGAGCCCCGAGAUUAGAGCCGCUUACCCAAAGGAGGAGGAAGUCAAAGGAAACACGCCCGUGAUGGUUCAUGGAUGGGUUGCUAAUGUCAACAAGUGCUUGCCCGUUGCUAGGGCUGUUGCGCAUGCGCUGCGCAGUGAACACCCACGAGCGCGAUAUCUGGUUGGUGGCUACGGGACAAUAGUGUCUUUCGUGGAUGGAUUUGCGGUGAUGUCAAAGGUACACAACCUACUGUCCACCUGGUUUAUGGAUUGGUGGAUUGCGAGAUGGACCUUGAAUGAAAAAUGAAGACCGCAACAGACCAAGUAUGAUCAUGUAUAUAUGCAGUGAACUACACGUGACAGAAGGAACGCUCUUCAGUCAUGAUAGCGUACUCAACAGAUCGUGAAAUCUUAAAACUGUGUUCAAAGACAAUGAUAUUAUUAUAAUAAUAUAUAUUCUAAUUAUUAAGUUUUGU